GUAAGUAUAGAUUAUGUUGCGGAGAAUGCAGAGGAAUGGAUUGUUCGAUUGUAAUUGUACCAAAGCAAUGAUAUGUGAGAAUUACACAGAAUUUUAAGUUUUAUUACAUAUUAUGUAGUCGACAUAAUUAAAACAAAUAUUAGAAAACUGCUAAGGAAGUCGAUUUUUUAAUGACUGAAAAUUCACUUAACGAGGUUAUGUUAUCGAGCUGGCCGUCAAUGCAAUUUCACGUCCGUAUUUUAACUUCAUGACCCGUGCUAUGAUUUUCCGAUCAUAAUGAACAAUUCGAACAACAAAGAAACCAUAAAUCUUCUCGAUCUACUAUCAGAUAGUGAUUCUGAUGUGUCGGACUUGGUACUUACACCCAAGAAGAAAAAAGUUAAACGGAAACAUAGACCAUGCGGCACAGUGAAAAUGAAGCAGACAGAUUCUUGUGGAUGUGGCAAGUCUGAUAUGAGAAUCAUAUCAUUGUGGUUGGCGGCUGUUUUAAUUACAUUCUGGUUGAUAGCACUGUCUUGGCUGGCUGUCAUUUUGUAUGGAGAAAUUAAAAAAAUGGAUACUUCUAUAAAAUCAGUUAUUGCCGGUAGCGAAGGUGUUCCCGACGCUUUGCAGAAAUGCCAUUCUCUGUCGAGAGAUCUCCAGAAUAACCAGACCAUUAUUUUCACUCAUUUGUCAGAUCUCAAGCUUCAGAUUAAUAAUUUUACGACACAGCUAGCUGUUAUCCAGCGGGAUUUGCAUCGAGUAGAAGAAUGGUUCAAAGCUGAUCCAGCAUUAGUCAACGUGCCAAACGACUUAAAGGCCCUUUCCAGUAGCGUGGUAUCGUUUGGAAGCCAAAUUCAAGACCUGAGUGCUACAGUAGACACACUAAAAGAAUCCAAUGCUAGGGUACAAGAUGCCCAAGCCACUAUACAACAGAACAUUACCAGUAUCAAGAAUACCGUCACAGAAAUGUCAAAUAUUACACAAAAACCUCAGAUGCUGACUACAAAUGAAACAAAGAUAAAGACUGACCAGUUGAACGCAGCAAUCGUACAUUUAUCUCAUAACUUAACGAACAUUAAUGAAACGCUAUCAAGAACGGUGCAGUGGGUGGCAGAGGAUCAAAAGAAUGAUCACAAAACGUUGGUACUGCUUCAAGAGACCAUGCAAAAUGUUAGCAUGAAGGUUAUAUCCUUAGACACAGAACGGAUAAGGACUACCUUAUAUAUUUCUUCCAUCUAUUAUCGAAUAGGCGAAAUUCGCGCAGCUAAUGUUGAACUUAGCGAGAAAGUAAAGCAGUUGGAACAUUCUUAUAAUAGUUUAAAAAAUUCCACAAGCUUGAUGUUGGCUACAGUGCCGGAUAUCCAGGGCCAAAGCCCGACUAAAGCGAAAGUUUUGGAGGAGUCAGUCAGUGACGAUACGACUACGGAACAAAAUCACAGCGUAUUUGUCUCGGACGGAACGACCAUGAAAGGAGUUGAAACAGCUAGACCGAGACGUUCAACGGAAGGGCCGUAAUAUAUUUCUAUAGGGGAAUUUAUAAUAUGGUGAUGUUGGGUAAGCUUUCACCUUGUACGAUAUCAGAAGCAGAUGAACUCUGUUUUCAGAGAAAAGCACAAGGAAAUCGUGCAUGUGUAUGUUGUAAAUAUUAAAUAAAUUAAGUGCGUUGAAAAAAUUCCAUGUAUAUAGAGAGAUAAAUAUUUAUGACCUGAAUCAUGUGAUCUCCUUUUCUCUGUCUCUAUUUGUGAACAGAAUAAUCUGCAGGGGUUUUAAAGUGAAUUAUUCUAUUGUAUAAACUAUGCCAGGAAAUUGAACAUGAUUUAGGGAAAACUAUUUAUAAACGAGCAAUAAGGUAUACGUUGAACCAUUUAGUAUCGUCGAAGUCGAAUACCAUAUAUUUGAGAUGUAUUUCAAUUGUGUCAAAUGCCAAUUUCUAGAAAAUGCCACGGCUGUAUGCGACUACCUGAAUUUAUUCAGAUAUACCAUCGAAAAAGUACAAAGAGCGUUUACACUUGUGUAACUUACGUUACAAACCAUAAGCAAGGAAACAAAAAAAAAAAAAAUGAAAAUUUAGAAGGCGUUUAUCUGUACUACAAUGUCCACUAAGUAUUCGCAAUAAAUUUUUCUACUCUUCUACUAUAUAUAGCGCAGCGUAGUCUAUCGAUUUUGCCAAACAUUAGAGUGGUUCAACGAUCUGCGAAAAUUCUAUACGUUAGUGUUUGACUUUAUUUCCGUUAUUCAUAGAUUAUUCAUCCUUUUAGUAUGGCAUGAUGUACAGAGCACCAAAAGUAAAAGUAUGGUGAAAAUUUACUGUCCAUAUCGCAAUAAAAAAUUUGGUUAGGCAAAGCGUGUAACGAGCAAGAUACAUUUUGUAGAAUUUUCAUUAACGUUAAAUCGAAAGUACGACAAGCAUUGUAUUUUCAUGUUUGUUUAUAUGCUGUACAGGGUGGCAAUUUUUAUUAUUUUAAACUUUAUCUAU